CCUCUCUUCCCUCUCUCUUUCUGCUCUUUGUUUCCAGUCUUUUUAUCAAACAACGGCGCGGUUCUCUCACGAUACGGACACACACAACACUUUCUUUCUGUCUUUCUCUGGCAAAGACUCGCACACCCUCGCUCAAAACCUGUGUUUGAAAUUUGAUACAGACGGAGACAAAAUAGAGAAGGAAAGGCAAUGAAAAACUGAUCCGAAAGAUGCUGGUUGGGAAUCUGGGUUUUUGUCACCGACGACGAUGAGGUGGUUUCUUCAAGCACGCCUCCUACUUUUCCUGCAUUUCUUGUUUUUGGAUUUCUUCAAGGCUCAAGGGGAUGAGUGUUGGAAAUUUGGGUUCUGAGUUUUUAAUUCAAGAGGGUUCUCUAUCUUGACCUUUAAUUCGAUCUUGGGGUAUAAAAAGAUUCAUAAUUUAUCUGUAAAUGGAUUGAAGAAACAGUCCAUUGGAUGCAAUGUUAAAGGCAUUAGCAUCUGGACUGUUAAUUUCACUGUUCCUCUUUUCCAUUACUGCUGCUUAUAAUGGUUUACCCCAAUGUGAUUGCAAUGAGGAAGGGUUUUGGAGCACUGAAACCAUUUUGGAAUGUCAAAAAGUGAGUGACUUCUUGAUUGCAGUUGCUUAUUUUUCUAUCCCAAUCGAGCUUCUUUACUUCAUUAGCUGCUCGAACGUUCCGUUCAAAUGGGUACUCUUCGAAUUCAUUGCCUUCAUUGUUCUAUGUGGAAUGACCCAUUUCCUCAAUGGUUGGACUUAUGGUCCGCACCCGUUUCAGCUAAUGCUAGCUCUCACCAUUUUCAAGUUCCUCACCGCUUUAGUCUCUUUCGCCACCGCUAUAACACUUAUCACUCUCAUCCCUUUGCUUCUCAAAGUGAAGGUGAGAGAAUUCAUGCUGAAGAAGAAAACUUGGGAUCUUGGUAGAGAGGUUGGGAUCAUAAAGCAGCAAAAGGAAGCCGGGUGGCAUGUUCGGAUGCUUACCCAAGAGAUCCGCAAAUCGCUUGAUCGGCAUACGAUUUUGUACACAACUCUGGUAGAGCUAUCUAAGACACUAGAUUUGGAGAAUUGUGCUGUUUGGAUGCCUAAUGAGAAUAAAACAGAGAUGAACUUGACCCAUGAAUUGAAAGGCAAGAAUGCUUCGAACGGGUUUAAUGGUUCUAUCCUGAUUUCUGACCCAGAUAUUAGAGAGAUAAAGGCAAGUGAUGAAGUAAAGAUACUUGGACCUGACUCAGUACUUGCUGCUACAAGUGGUGGAGGGUAUGUCGAGCCUGGAGAUGUGGCUGCUAUUAGGAUGCCAAUGCUGAGAGUUUCUAACUUCAAAGGCGGGACUCCUGAGAUAAUUCAAACGUGUUAUGCUAUACUCGUUUUGGUUCUUCCUGGUGGGCAAGGUAGAUUGUGGAGCAAUCAAGAACUUGAGAUAGUAAAAGUGGUUGCUGAUCAAGUUGCUGUGGCUCUCUCUCAUGCUGCAGUACUUGAAGAGUCUCAGCUUAUGAGGGAGCAAUUAGCAGAGCAAAACCGAGCCUUGCAACAGGCGAAGCAGAGCGCAAUGAUGGCAAGCCAGGCUAGGAACUCAUUUCAGAAGGUAAUGAGUGACGGGAUGAGGAGACCGAUGCAUUCAAUUAUGGGUUUGCUUUCAAUGAUGCAGGAUGAGAACUUGAGUGGCCAGCAACAGAUUCUUGUUGAUGCAAUGGUUAAGACCAGCAAUGUCCUCUCAACCCUGAUAAAUGAUGUAAUGGAGAUUUCGACCAAGGAUACAGGAAGGUUCCCAUUAGAGAUGAGGUCUUUUCGGCUACAUUCGACAAUAAAAGAAGCUUCUUGCCUUGCCAAGUGCUUGUCCGUCUAUGAGGGCUAUAAUUUCGUGGUUGAGGUUGAAAAGACUUUGCCAGAUCAUGUUAUGGGAGAUGAGGGGAGAGUUUUUCAAGUGAUUUUGCAUAUGGUUGGGAAUCUUUUGAAUGGAAAAAAUGGAGGUGGGUGUGUAACAUUUCGGGUUUGGUCGGAGAGUGGAAGUCAGGGAAGGAAUGAUCAAAGAUGGGCAGCAUGGAGACCGAGCUCAUCUGAUGGGCAUGUUUAUGUCAAGUUUGAAAUUGGGAUUAACAAUAAUAGUUCUCAAUUGGAGGGCUCAAUGCCAAGAGUACAGUCUGGUGGGCGGAGGUACAGCAGCAAGGGAGUUGAGGAAGGCUUGAGCUUCAGCGUGUGCAAAAAGCUUGUACAGUUGAUGCAAGGCAACAUAUGGGUAGUCCCAAACCCGGAGGGAUUUGAUCAAAGCAUGGCACUUGUUCUUCGGUUUCAACUCUGGCCCUCUGUAGUAAUAGGCAUCUCUGAAGCCGGAGAUUCCUCCGAACAUCCACACUCCAACUCUAUUUUCAGGGGCCUCCAAGUUCUGUUAGCCGAUGAUGAUGAUGUGAACAGGGCAGUGACACGGAAGCUGCUUCAGAAACUCGGGUGCACUGUUUCCACCGUUGCAACUGGAUUUGAGUGCCUCAGUUCUCUUGGCUCGGCUGUCUCUUCGUUCCAAAUUGUACUUUUGGAUCUUCACAUGCCCGACUUGGAUGGGUUCGAAAUUGCUAGCCGAAUUCGGAAAUUUCGAAGUCGCAGCUGGCCUUUGAUCAUUGCCUUGACAGCAAGUGGCGAUGAAGAUGUGUGGGAAAGAUGCUUGCAGAUUGGGAUAAAUGGAGUUAUUAGAAAACCUGUACUUUUACAGGGAAUUGUAGAUGAACUUCAAAGAGUCCUGGUGCAGGCAAACAAAAUUGUGUGAUGAUGGGAGUGAAGUUUACUGAAUUGCGCAGAAGCGACAUUUGAACGAUUCUGGGGACCUUGAUAAAGAAUAGAAUAGCAUAGUUGCCAUGGUCAGCGCACCCUUGCUUCGCCAAAAUUUCAGCAUAGCAAUGUUAUGCAUCAUUCAUAGUAAAAAUGGUAUACAAAAUUUGGCGACUUUCUCUUCCCUUUUUAGUUGUCUAAGCUUUGUUAUAAAUUGAGUAGCUAGUUUAAUAUUUAAUCACAAUAAUUGGUAUCAUUAUUAACAUACCAUUCUAAUAGAAAGGACCAUGAAAUCAACACUUUACAAACUUAACUGAAAGGUGUUUUUUUUGGACACAAGGUAGAACAGUUAUGCUUUAGUGGAGGCCCAAAUUUAUUAUUGAAUUCUUACCUUUGAGGAACAUUUGAAAGAGAAAUACUUUAUACAUAGGUGUAAAUUAUUGUCAAAGCUUUUAUAAAUAAAUCCACUUGUCACUUGUGUGUA